AUGUGGAUUGAAGCGCUCACCAUAUUAUUCUUCAGCGGCAUGUCGUCCAGCAUGCGAAGGGGUCCCCACCAUCCAUCUGGCCACGGCGUGGCGCAAACCCACAGCCACUACACACCGAGAGGGACUGAAAAGUUAACACAAGAAUCCAAAUUGCUACACGAUACUAAACACAUAGAGGAAGAUGUUAGGGAGUUAACCCCAGAAAUCUUGGCCAAUAUGAGCCCAGAAGAAUUGGAAUUCCACUACUUCACAGCUCAUGACUUCGACAGAAACUCAAUGCUGGAUGGUUUGGAAAUGUUAAAGGCUGUGUACCACACAUUAGAACACGAAUCUCAUACUGACUUGGAUUCGCCAAUUGAACCCGAAGCGAAUAAUUUAGAUGCGUAUAUUGCAAUAGUAGAUAAAACGCUGGAGACUGAUGACACGGACGGCGACGGCUUCGUGUCUUAUGCGGAGUACCGCGCUGCUCGACUCAACAAUCCAUCUGAGAGGACGCCCAGAGUGGUAGCCCCUGGCUCCAUAUAG